AUGGAGUUACGUCAAACAGAUCAGAGACAGAGGCGGCAACGACGUACGUCCGAAAGUAUCCCCAGCCUACCUGACAAGACUGAAGUUCUAGGAGCUGCGAUUGAUGUCGUAGUGAGUAAAGUAGUGCGCCAUGACUGGCGGGAGCUGGGACGUAAGCUAGGGCUUGAGCAAGUCGACAUUGAGGCAACAUUCGAGAAGCACCGAGGAGACCCGACGGAGUGCUGCAGAGAAGUGCUGGAGCUGUGGCGCAGGAGCAAUGGUGCCCAGGCAACCUUGCAGAAGCUUGGGGAGACUCUCCGAAAGGCUCACCAUGUGGAUGUGGCAGAAUUGAUUGAAUGUGAGAUACCUGAUUCUCGAGCUCCCAGAGACGUAGAAGUGGUUGAAACGACUGAGUCCUGGAUAAAGAUAAAGUGGAAACCCCCGGCCACAUGUGUGGAUGCACAGCCAAUUGGUUACAUGGUGGAUCUUCGUCUCGCCAGAACUGACAAAUGGCUUAACGCACAUAAUCGUCACUAUCUAACUACCACAGAGUUCAAAGUCUGCGAAGGUAUAACGAAGAAAGGGCAGUACUACUUCCGUGUGAGGUCUGUCUACCUUGGCGAUAUCUUGAGCGAACCAGCUGACUCACCUUUGGGAAUCGCCAAGAUACAAGGCCAACCAGACGAACCGCGGAACCUACGAGUGACAGAUCUUGACACUGAGAACAACACCGUGACCCUGGAAUGGCUAGAACCAGAAGACGAUGGCGGUUAUCCCAUAACCUCCUACAUUGUCGAAAAAUCCUCAGGCAACGAGUGGGAGAGGUGCCUCGAAACAUCGGAGCUGCACUGCAAAAUAGACGACAUUAAACCAGGCUGUCGUCUUCGUGUGUCUGCAAAGAACAGCGAAGGCCUUCAGAGUGACCCCUUGGACAUGGUCGACCCAGAGCUUCGCGUGAGACUGGAUGUAGAAGAAGCUGACGAAUCAAUUAAGAAGGCUGCCGAACGUGCUAUCUGGAAAUCAGUAUACCUGCCUCAGGGGCUAUCAGGGAAGACAAUAGAAGAAGGAAGCAUUGUCUUCGUGUACAGCUGCAGUGACCUGCUUGGCUUGUGGGAGUUUUGGAUUAUGUACUGGCAAGGGCAGGUGGAACAAUAUUUCCAGAAACUGCUCAUAACAAAGGAUGUCCUUCGUGCCUGUGCUGCGACUAACGUCAAAGUAGGAGUCACCAUUGAUCCAGAAGACUUCCACGCCAGCUGCAAUCACCUCCUGCUGACUCGUCCAAUAGAGCAUGGCUACAGGGUUUUGGCUGAUCCCAAAACCACAGAUCGACUGAUUGGGAGCGUUGUUCUAUCCAGCGGACUGACGGACCGCCUGUCCUCCAUCACAGGAAUAACUACAAUGCAGGGGAUCGGACACGAGCUUGCUGAUACCUACAAGGCAAGUACGUCUACGCGAGGUUAUGUGCAAACACAUCACCUUUUCCGUAGAACAAAGAAAAAUCGUUCUCUUCUGACCACAGCAAAGCUGACGGUAGAACACAAGCACGGAUACCUUCAGCGGCGGAAAUUCAUUCCUGGCACGGAGGUACCGGGGGUGCCCUAA